ACAGUUAUCAAACGUAGAGUUGUAGAAAAACAAACACUUUAAGGAGAGUUAAAAAUGAACAAACCGUGCGAUUUUAGUAAACGAUGUCGAACUUGUUUAAGUCAAACAAAAGGUUUACAACUUCUCACCAAAAUGGUAUUUGAUUUGCCUCAGCAACAAAGAACAUUUGCCGAUUUACUUUACGAAGUAACCAACAUAAAUAUAUCCAAAGACCUGGACACAUCUGAAAUGCCACAAUACCUUUGCCCUGCUUGUUUGCGAAAGCUAAAAUCAUCACAUGCAUUUAUAAAACAGGCUAAAGAAGCCGAUGAUAAAUGUUUGUCCAUGUUAAGAGAAAGAAUGAUGGAGAAUUGCAUGAACGAAACCGAAAUAGAUAUAAAGCCAUCAUCCUUGGAAAUUAAAAUAGAAACAGAAGAUGUGGAAUAUACAGAUCAACACAUACAUGAAAUAAAAGAGGAGAACCAGGACUGUCCCAUGGAUAAUUCUUUAGAAGAUGAUGCUAGCAUAAGUAAUCAGGAUCAAAACAAUACCAAACAGCAAGAUUUUAACGACAUGAGUGAUAGUGAUUGGUCUAAAGAAGAAAGGGAUGCUGAUAGUGAAGCAGAUUCCUCAAAUUUUAGCAGCGAAGAAGCCUUUAAAAGCCCUAGCAUGUACGCACAUAAAAAGAAACCUAAAAGUAAGACAUCGGCCUGGGAAAAAUGUGAUCUGAAAGAUGAGAAUCAGGAUAUUGCGGCACCAUGUUCGCAGUGCGAUAAGAUUUUCAAAAACUCCAAGGAAUUAAAAUGUCACCUGAAAAAUGCCCACAUUCCGGAUGAUGAAAAGUGUGCCUGUCCUUUGUGUGGUGCUACAUUUACUCGUUCUUGCAACAUGUAUUAUCAUAUGCGUACCAUACAAGGACCAGAAACGGUUACAUCAUUACUUCCCAAAAGAGAACGAACCCAUCAAUGUGAUAAAUGUCCCCGAAAAUAUUCAAAACUGAAAUAUUUAAAAAGUCACAUCAAAGAAAAGCAUGAAGGUAAAGACGAACAGUCUGAUGUCCCAGAUGGUGAAAAAAUUCCCGCACCGGCAAAGAAAAAGACGGAAGCUCGUCGGCCUUUGUGCUCCAUAUGUGGCAGUUCAUUUCCCAAUAAGACUCAUCUGACAGUACACAUGCGGCGACAUACAGGAGAAAUGCCUUUCAAAUGUGAUCUGUGCGAUAGAGCCUUUCCCCGAAUAUCAGAACUUAGAUACCAUACUCGCGUGCAUACUGGAGAAAAACCAUAUAAAUGUAGUGUAUGUGAAAUGGCCUUUCGAGUUUCCUCAAAAUUGUCAUCCCAUAUGCGAUCCCACACCGACGAACGGCCGUAUAAAUGUAAAGAGUGUGAAAAAAGUUUUAAGUAUUCCAAAGAUUUAAAUAUCCACAUGCGCACUCAUACGGGCGAAAGACCAUACAGCUGUAAUGUGUGUGGCGUUACUUUUACACAAAGCAAUUCACUCAAGACUCACCGUAUGAAGUUGGGCCAUAUUGAGGAAAGUAUGCAAACUACCAGUAGAUUUAAAUGGGAGGGAAUAAAUAUUGAAAAUAGUUAAUUUUACAAACAACAUUGACUACGGUUUUUUAUAGCGGCGAACAAGGACAUCAAUAUCAAUUUCAAAUAAAACAAAAAUCUGGAAAAGGAUCCGUUUCAACAAAAAUGCGAAUAAGUCAAACUCUAAGCCAACAUCAAUAAAAACUUAUUCAGAAGGAAAUUAAACAAUUAAAA